CAGUACAUUCCGCUCUGAACAUUCUGAAAAAAGUAUACACUUUUAUAUUUGGUUGCAUGAGUUUUCCACCACCAAAAUAAGAACGAUCAAAGGGAGUGCAACAUUGGAGCAAGAAAGAGAGAAAGAAAGAGCGAGAGAGAGAGAGGGAAAAAGAGAGGAAGGGCGCGCAUAUGAUGAUAACCGGUUUUCGUUUCCACAUUUGUUUGUUUUUUGUUUUUUUGGGUCGGUGGUCGAUGUCUGGUUUUCCAAAUUUAGAAUGCACCGGCUGAUUGGAGCGUUCGCUUGUCUAUCAACAUAGCUCUUCAUAAGCACUAUUUAUAAAUAAAUAUACAAAUAUAAAAUCUUACAAAAUCAUGGCUACAAUGGAUGAUCAUUUCAGUCGAGUCUUGAGGAAGAAUCCCACCAUCCAAAAUGACCUGCGUGGCAUUUUCAAGAACUCUGAAUGUGACUCUCCAGAGCGGUCAAUCACACUCUCGCAGAUACGUGCUGCUUAUGGCGAGAGAACCGGCAAUGAAUUUCCCAUCAAGGGUGGCACGCGCACGCAAAUGUGUUUCAUUUUGACAGUGCCAUAUAUCUGCUGUUUUACCAGUCGAAUUGGCACAUUGCGCUUCUAUACGAUUGACAUUAAUCAGGAGAGAUAGAAGUUACUUCUGCAACUGUACUCGUUCAGGAAAGCAUCUAGUCAUUUGAGUGCAAUUUUUGUAUAGCAGUAAGAAAAUUCUAAAAAGUAAUUGUCUAAAUGGAAAACUUAACUAAAUUUACCUCUAAUGUAAAUUGCCUUAAAUAUGAAUAAACAUGUCUCUGACCAGUGUAA